AUGUUUCUGCGCCAGCAAGUACGUGCAUUCCAUGCUACAGCCAAGAAGUUUGAUCUCGCCAAGAUGACCAUCGUGGGUCGUGUGGGAACCGAGUUCAGCGAAUUCACUUCCGCCAACAACAACAGAUACGUCAAGUAUAGCGUCGCUUCGCAACCCAGAAAGGACGGACCCACCAGUUGGUUCAACGUGACCGUGUUCAGCGAGCCGCAGAUUAACUUUCUGACUCAGUACGUGAACAAGGGGGCCUUGGUGUACAUCGAGGCGGACGCCUCUCAGUACGCCUUCGAAAGGGAAGACGGCUCCAAAGGUGUCAGUUUGAGCCUUGUCCAGAGAGACUUCAACCUCCUAAGGAACGGCAAGUCCGAGGAAGCUGAAGCGGGCGGCCAGUGA